AUGUCCAAUAAUCAAAAGAAAGACAGUUAUGUUAUCUGCAAAUGUCCAGACUGUACAAAGUUGGAUAGCUGUGGAAAGAAACAGAAAAGACAAAAUGCACAACGACACUAUGAGAAACAUAUAGUGCCUGUUGCCAAAGACGAUGCAAUGGAUGUUCCUGAAGAACAUUUUGAUGACAUGGAAGUAGAUAGUAUUGACAGUGACAAUGACAAUGAUUAUGAUUACGAGAACGAAGGCAAAGACGAAUAUGAAGACGAAAAUGAAGAACAAAACAUUGAAUUUGAUCAAGAAGUUGACUUACCUUUGUCCCAAGAAGAGUCCAUCUUUACUGCUGAAGAUACAAUUAUAGGAGCAUUUGUGGUUGAUGGUGAUGAGAUUGAAGAAGGCAAUACCGGUUUUGAUUUUGAACAAGAAGAAAACUUUGAUGAGACCAGUGGGACCUCGAUAGUAGAAUCAGUUCGUCCUUUGUCUUUUGAUAACAUGCCCUUGUAUAUCUACUUUGUUGCAGUAUUCAUUGUCAUAUUUCACUUGAUCUUUUUGGUGGAAAGUGGUGGAUCGAUUCUCAUUGAAUUUUGUAAUACUCUACUGUCUCUCUGUGAUAUGUCUGGCGCCCUUUCACUGACAAUCAAUAGCUUGAAGCAUAAAACAGGAUUUAACAUGGCAACAGACGGAAUGACAGUAUACAUUGCAUGCUCACAAUGUCAUUCGAUUUAUCCUCCAGAAACAAGUCAAAAAGUCUGUACAUUUAAGAAAUUCUCUCAAUCUGCCAUUUGCAACAACAAUCUCUUUAAAGUGUCAACCGGAAAUCGUUCUCUUCCAGCAAUGGUACAUCCAUUCAACUCUCUGAACUGGGCAAAUACAUUGAACAAUACUGAGCGAACACGCCUAGAAAAAGAAAACAACACUUGGUGGUCAGAGCUUCAUCAGUUAUCUUACUUUGACCCAGUCCACUUUACAGUUAUAGACCCGAUGCAUAACCUCUAUCUUGGAACUGCAAAGAGAAUGAUUCAGAUAUGGUACGAGUGUAACUACAUCAAUGAAAAGAAUCAGUUAACUAUGCAAGAGCUUGCCAAUGGUAUUGUUGUACCUUGUGGAUAUGCGCGUAUAACAAAGAAGAUUGCUGAUGGUUUUUCGUUCAUGAAAGCUGACGAGUGGAAGUCAUGGUGCAUCAUAUACUCUCCAUUUGUUCUGAAGCAUGUGCUCUCAGCCAAGAAUCUCAAAAGCUGGAUUUUGUUUGUUGACGCAUGCCGCUUACUCACAAAACCUUCGAUCAAUGACAAAGAAAUAGACGAAGCCCACAGUAAACUCCAAUUGUUUUGUACAAGAUUUCAGACACUGUAUGGAAAAUCGGCCAUGACACCAAAUAUGCAUCUACAUCUUCAUCUUGGCAAGUGUGUUAAUGACUUUGGGCCAAUUUAUGCUUUCUGGUUAUUCAGUUUUGAGAGAUACAAUGGUUUGUUGAAGAAUAUUGAAACAAAUCAAAAAGGCGGCUUCGAAUCAACAAUGAUAAAGAGAUUUUUGGAGAGAACAUACAUUGGCAGCUUCAUACAAUCUUUCAUCAACCAUCUUCCCCAGCUCGCAAUUGACUUUCUGCAUCGCAUUUCAAAUAGUCAAGAUCAAUUAGCAGCAUUGCAUCCAUCUUCUACUGCCAGUACCUUUUCUCUGUCUGACUUUGUUGAAUAUUCGUUAAACCCUUGUCAUUCUGCUUUGGGUUGUGAGCCGUUACCCCCUUCAGUGUUUCCGAUUAAACUUGACCAAAGGAUUACAAUGUGCAAGGGACAUUACGAAUGUUUACUGGAGUUUUACAGACACGCGUAUGGCAGUCACGAUCUUUUUAGCUAUUAUUUAAACUGCGAGUCUAACCAGAUUUUUGUCAAUAACCGAAUUGAGAAAAUGAAAUGGAUAUCUCUUCUUGAACAGGAAUACUCUUCUGGAUCUUAUUUCUGCGCCUAUUAUCUUGAGAAUAACAGUGAAGAUAAAGCAGUGUUUUCUGGCCGUAUACUGUAUUUAUUUCAACAUUUGAUAACCAUCAACAAAACUGUCAUCACCCAUACUUUUGCGUUUGUUGAGUAG